AAUAUUCAGUUUAAUAUAGAUGAAGAAUCAAUUCUAACAAAAUUUACUAUACUAUCGUACUGAAAAGUGACAGAAAGAAAUCAGGAUAUUGUGUAGAAAUGUAGAUAAUGUAAACAGGAUGGUGUGUGGAAGGGGAAGAAUUAACAUUCAAGCAAUGUGUCUGGAAAUAACUUCAGUUCUGUACCACAUUUCAGUGGGAAAACUGAAUGUACUUUUAGAUCAAAUGUGCUUUACACUUGACCUUCACAAACUCUCUUUUUGGAAUACACUUACAAGAAGAGGCAGUGAAAGCUAAAAAUAUGCCAGUUCUGUUUUACAAACAUCAAGGAACACGUGUGAUCUUGUUUCAAACUUUAUUGGUAACUAAAAUAGGUUUAAAGUGCAAUAGGACACUGUAAGUGUAAUUUACUCCUUCUGUUAUAUACAUGUUUAAAAGUUAGUAUAACUAUUAAUAAUUUUUUUAGAUAAUGCAAUAGUGUUUAAGAGCUAGAAAGAGCCAAUGUGUAAUAACAUGUCAAUUUUAAAAAAGAAAUCAUUUUUAAAUAGAUUAUUGAGUAGUCAUAAUACUCAAGGAGAGCCAACUACAGAACAUGUAAUGUCGCCGCCUACCAUCCUUAUUAAUGAUACCGAAGACUGUGAAGAAUGCGAAAAUAUUUGGAUGGAUAAUAUAGAAAAAAGUAGUAUUAGUUCUGAGCAUAGUUCUGAAUCUGUUGUAAUAUGUCAUAUAAAAGAGAAGCAAAUAUCAAAUCAACAAUUGUGGAAUACAGAGGAGAUUGUGCAAGCAUUAUCUAAUCUUCCAGCAGGAGAACAUGCACUUUCUCUUAUUCCUACUCUUCAUGGUGACACUCUGCGCAAAGUUAUUGAUGAAUUUUCAAAUGCUAACUUUAGUGAAGUGGCAUUGAAAAAUCAGAAAAUUACUAUAUCUUCGUUUGCAAAUGGACACAUACAAAAUACAUCACUGAGCAUUGAAAAUGAAGUAGCUGCAAAUGCAACUGCUUUGCAACUUUUUACAAGAUGGCCAAACACUUGUCUUUUAGUUUCUUGUUACUUAGGUCAUUUAGAUUUAGUAAAAACUCUAUUGAGUAAAAAUGCAAAAGUUUCUGCUAGAGAUUGUGAUGGCAGAACACCACUACAUUUAGCAGCCUGUGCUGCAUCAGAAAAAAUUAUAGAAGAGUUAAUAAAGUAUGGAGCAAAUCCAUGUGAGUGGGAUUUUAAUAAAAAAUAUACACCUUUACACUGUGCAGCUGCUAUAGGAAAUAUUGCUUGUGUUAAAUGUUUAUUAAAAUCACGAGCUGACGUAAAUGCUGGUCUGUCUGGAAAAAGUCCUCUUUACUAUGCUGUCCUAAGUAAUGCAGCAGAUUGUGUAGAAGCAUUAUUGCAAUCAGGUGCUUCUCCUAAUAAUCCUCAGGUUUAUACUGAAACACCAUUACAUGUAGCAGCAAGUCUAGGUUCUGUUACAUGCAUGAAAUUAUUACUAAAUUAUGGAGCAGAUGUAAGAGUACAGUUUAGUUCUAUGAGGUCUACUCCAUUACAUUUAGCAGCUGAAGAAGGUAGUGCAGAAUGCACAAAAUUACUAUUAGAUGCCGGUGCAGCGUGUGAAGUAAAAAAUUCAAGAGGCCAAACACCAAUGCAUUUAGCAGCUCUGUCUCAAUCUGCAGAAACCUUAGAGACACUUAUAAAUUUUGGCGCUAAAGUUAAUACCGAAGAUAACGACGGUCGCACUCCAUUACAUGCUGCUGUCGCAAAAGUGACUAGAGGAAUAGAAUUGGUGAAGAUUUUGAUACAGGCUGGUGCUUUAAUCAACAAAGCGGACAAAUUUGGUUAUACGCCUUUGCAUAUUGCGGCAUUAAAUGAAAGUUCGUCAACGGUAAUGGUGUUAUUAUCGAAAGGAGCAGAUGUUACUGCAAGGACAAAAGGUGGUAUUUCUGCAUUAAGUUUCAUCGUACGUAGAACCCCGGACGUAUUGCCAAGAUUUAUAUCGCGUUUGGAUCAAGCAAUUUCUUUACAUGAUCAUGAAUUAGGUGAUCUUGAUUGUGAAUUAAGACUGGAUUUUAGACCACUGGUGCCUGGUGGAAGAGGAGAAACAGAUUUGAUGCUUUGUCUGGUAGAAGUUGGACAAAAACAAGUAUUAAAACAUCCCUUGUGUGAAAGUUUCCUUUAUCUAAAAUGGUUGAGAAUUCGUAAAUUCUUUUUAUUAAAUUUAAUAUUUCAUUCUAUUUUUGUUGUAUUUUUUACAGCAUACAUUGCUGUCACAUAUUUUUGGAACAUUGAUAAAUUUAAAAAAGUACUUUUUUGGCUGGUACUAAUAUUUACUGUGGUAUUAGCUGGUAAAGAAUUUUUUCAAAUGACUCAUGGUAUAUAUAUUUACAUUAAAAGGUGGGAAAAUUGGCUUCAAUGGAGUGUUGUGUUAGUAUCAAUUAUAGUAUUACUUGUGCCAAUAAAUGACUGGCAACAUCAUGUUGCAGCUGUAGGUAUUUUAUUAAUUUGGAUAGAGUUAAUGAUGGUAGUUGGAAGAUUUCCUAUGUUUGGUCUUUACAUACAAAUGUUUACACAAGUAUCAAUUAACUUCUUUAAAUUCCUUGGUGCUUAUAUAUGUCUCAUAAUAGGUUUUUCUUUAGGUUUCAGUGUGUUACAUAAAAAUUAUAAGUCUUUUACUAAUCCUUUAGUUGGUUUACUAAAAACUAUUAUAAUGAUGUCUGGAGAAUUGGAAUUUGAAGAUGUAUUUUUUGAUGAUGAUGCACCAAUUUUAUAUUCUGGUACUGCACACUUAAUGCUUCUAAGUUUUGUUAUUUUAGUAACAGUGAUUUUAACAAAUUUAAUGAUGGGCCUUGCUGUAUCAGAUAUACAAGAAUUAAGAAGGUGUGCUGGGUUGGAUAGAUUAGUGCGAAGAGCAGAACUGGUAGCACAUUUGGAAAGUAUGUUAUUCUCAAAGCUAUUAGAUCACGCUCCAAAAAGAAUAAUGAAAGUGUGUAGACAAGGUGCACUUCUCUUACAUCCACCACAUCAUUGUGCAAUUCAUAUUCGUCCCAAUGACCCCCGUGAAAACCGUUUACCACGCGAAUUAAUAAAAGCUGUAUAUCAUUUAGUUAGUGAAAGAAAAAAUCGUUACAUAACUGGAAAAAACAGAUGUAUGCAUAAUACAAAUAACAGAGAAUCGGAACAUAUUAGAUUGAGUAGACUAUAUAGUACAAGUUCUACAAAUGACAAUAGUCAACAACAAUUUAAUGAAUUGGCUAUAGAGUUGAAAAGAUUUUCAUACAAUAUCAAUACCCACUUAGACAAUUUAACCACCAAGGUUGAAAAUAUUGCUAGAGAAUAUCGUAACUAAAUACGAUAUGUAACAUUUACUAUAUUUGUUUUAUAUUUUUCAG